GUUGGUUGGAUCGGUGAGAGCGUUUCUGCUCAGGUUGCUUGGAAACGCGUCGUGUCGUGUAAAAUAAGAAACACAAAGCACUUUUGAACAUUUUGCUAAUAUAUUUAUUUGUUUGUACGCUACCAUGGUGAAAUUAAGAGCAAGGUGCCUUCUUGUAGGAGAUGCAGCAGUGGGGAAAAGUGCUCUCUCUCAGAUGUUCCGUAGUGAUGGAGCACACUUCCAGAAGAACUACAGUAUGACGGCUGGAGUGGAACUGGUUGCGUGUAAGAAUAUACCAAGUUAUUUCUCUCCCUCUCAGGAACUGUACAUCUUUGACUCUGCCGGAGGAAACCUUGUUGAAGCAUGUGAGAAGUUGUGGGGCCACCGUCUGUGUUGUGUCUGGUGUUUUGACGUGAGCAGUGAGCUGUCAUUCAGUAGCUGUGGCCGCUGGCUGGAGAGGGUCAGGGCCCACUGCCAGGGUCUGCACAUCCCAGGUGUGUUGGUGGGUAACAAGUCGGACCUGUCCUCGCGGAGGGAGGUGGAGACCUCGGUGGCCCAGGAGUGGGCCCAAAGCCAGGGGRUGCAGUACCACGAGACGUCCGCUAAGGAGAUGGAGAACUGUGAAGCUCCCUUUCUGAGUCUAGCCCAGCUGUUCCACGCUCUCUACCAAGACAGACUACAGACCAUACAGAACCUGGCCUAACAUUCUAGAACCUGGCCUAACAUUCUAGAAUCUGGCCUGACAAUCUUGAACCUGAACAUUCUAGAACCUGGCCUGACAAUCUUGAACCUGAACAUUCUAGAACCUGGCCUGACAAUCUUGAACCUGAACAUUCUAGAACCUGGCCUAACAUUCUAGAACCUGGCCUAACAUUCUAGAAUCUGACCUGACAAUCUUGAACCUGAACAUUCUAGAACCUGGCCUAACAUUCUAGAAUCUGACCUGACAAUAUUGAACCUGAACAUUCUAGAAUCUGGCCUAACAAUCUUGAACCUGAACAUUCUAGAAUCUGGCCUACCAUUGUAGAACCUGCACAAUCUGGCCUAACACAUAUACAUAUCUAUUACAUUGUAUAUAUUCUGUUUCUAUGGCCUAUAGAAAGGAUAUAUGGAUUAUAUUUAUAUGGAUUCUAGGACCUAGAACCAAUGUUCUAGAACUUGGCCCAACACUCCCUAAGUGAAAAAUACUGCCUCUGACAGUGACAAAUCCACCUUACAUUGGGGUGGAGAUUAAGAUGAAACUGUUAUCUAUUUACUACAAUAAUGAAUGUUAUGUAUAUUCUUCACGUUCUCUGAGUUAUGCAGGAGAACAUGAUAACUUGUAUUAAAGUUUGUGAUUUCUGUACAGUU